AUGCAACGCGAAGAUAUUAGUUUAAGACGUAUCCAAAAUCUAGAUCCAGCACUGGCCAACCAAAUUGCUGCAGGUGAGGUGAUUGAACGACCAUCAUCGGUAGUGAAAGAGUUGCUUGAAAACUCGAUUGAUGCAGGUGCGACUGAGCUGAUUAUUCGUGUGGCAAAUGGUGGCAGUACCCUGAUUGAAAUUAUUGACAAUGGUCGAGGUAUUCACGCUGAGGAUCUAGCACUUUCAGUCACCCGACAUGCAACCAGUAAAAUUCAAUCUGCUGAAGAUUUACAUGCAAUUGUGAGUUUGGGCUUUCGUGGAGAGGCGCUUGCAUCUAUCGCAGCGGUCUCGCGUUUAACCUUAACCAGUAGUCAGGAUGAUUCAGGUGUCGGUUACCAACUGGAAGUCAAUGGUACAGCAUUUGAUCAUCAAGAUAUUCAAGCGGUAGCAACCCAACAAGGUUGGUUAGGACAUCCUUCAGAUGCGCGUGCACAAGCCGAUUUGCAAUAUGUCUAUGUGAAUGGUCGUAUCGUCAAAGAUAAGACCAUUUCUCAUGCUUUGCGUAUGGCAUACGAUGUCACUUUAUCUCAAUUCCAAACUGCAACUGCGGAUUUGUCUUCUGCAAUGAAGCAGGAUGGCGCAACAGAAAAUCAAGCAUUGCCAGCGCAGCCACGUUAUCAGGAACAAUUUCCUUUACAUCGCAAUGUACCAACUGAGCAAGAUAAUACGGAAGGCCUGAUUAUUGUCGAUAUGCAUGCAGCGCAUGAACGUAUUUUGCUACAACAAAUGAAAUCUGCAUGGGAUAAACCAGAAUUUUGGACCUCACAGCAGUUGCUUAUUCCUAAAGUCAUUUCGAUUACCCGUAUGCAGGCAACCCGUGUUGAUGAUUUAAAACCACAGUUGGAACGCUUAGGCCUAGAAAUCGAUCAAUAUGGUGAUGACCAAAUCCAAAUGAUGAAGCACAGGCGCUACAGCAAAAGCGUGAUCAAAUUUUAG